UCCCCGGGCGCUGCCUGACCGGCCGGCCGCGCGCACGGCUACUCGCACGCCCGGGCCCGGCUCUGCAGCGAGGGAGGCGCGCGGGGGGCGCGCGGCCCGGCAUGAGCGACUGCGGGUGAACGCGCCGCCGAGGGGCCCGGAGCCGCGAGCAGCUGCUUUCCUCCCAGUCGCCGCCCUGCCCUUGGAUCUGCGACCAUGUCCAUUCACAUCGUGGCGCUGGGGAACGAGGGCGACGCGUUCCACCAGGACAACCGGCCGUCGGGGCUCAUCCGCACCUACCUGGGGAGAAGCCCUCUGGUCUCGGGGGACGAGAGCAGUUUGCUGCUGAACGCGAGCAGCACCGUCGCGCGUCCGGUGUUCACCGAGUAUCAGGCCAGCGCCUUCGGGAACGUCCAGCUGGUGGUGCACGACUGUCCCGUCUGGGACAUUUUCGACAGUGAUUGGUACACCUCUCGAAAUCUCAUCGGGGGCGCUGACAUCAUUGUGAUCAAAUACAACGUAAAUGACAAGUUUUCAUUCCAUGAAGUAAAGGAUAAUUAUAUCCCAGUGAUAAAAAGAGCAUUAAAUUCGGUUCCAGUAAUCAUUGCUGCUGUUGGUACCAGACAAAAUGAAGAACUGCCUUGCACAUGUCCACUGUGCACCUCGGACAGAGGCAGCUGUGUCAGCACAACCGAGGGGGUCCAGCUGGCCCGAGAGCUGGGGGCCACCUACCUGGAGCUGCAUAGCCUUGACGACUUCUACAUAGGCAAAUACUUCGGAGGUGUGUUGGAGUAUUUUAUGAUUCAAGCCUUAAAUCAGAAGACAAGUGAAAAGAUGAAGAAAAGAAAAAUGAGCAGCUCCUUCCAUGGAAUUAGACCCCCUCAGCUGGAGCAGCCAGAGAAAAUGCCUGUCUUAAAGGCUGAAGCCUCACAUUACAACUCUGACUUGAAUAAUUUGCUGUUGGGCUGCCAGUGUGUGGAUGUGGUCUUCUAUAGCGCAGAUCUGGAGGAAGUGGCGGAGGCCCACAAGAUCCUUCUCUGUGCGGUCAGCCAUGUCUUCAUGCUGCUGUUCAGUGUGAAGAGCCCCAGAGACAUUCAGGACUACAGCAUCAUCCAGACCACCCAGGAUCUCUUUGCCAUAAACAGAGAUGCUACAUUCCCAGGUGCCAGCCAGGAAUCUCCCGGCAACCCCCCGCUGCGCGUUGUUGUGAAAGACGCCCUCUUCUGCUCCUGUCUACUGGACAUUCUUCGCUUCAUUUACUCAGGUGCUUUUCAGUGGGAAGAAUUGGAAGAAGAUAUCAGGAAGAAAUUGAAAGAUUCUGGGGAUGUUUCAGAUGUAAUUGAGAAAGUUAAAUGCAUUUUAAAAACACCAGGAAAGAUUAAUUGCCUAAGGAAUUGCAAAACCUAUCAAGCCAGGAAACCUCUGUGGUUUUAUAACACUUCCCUCAAGUUUUUUCUCAACAAGCCAAUGCUCGCUGAUGUCGUAUUCGAGAUACAAGGUACGACAGUGCCAGCUCACAGGGCCAUCCUGGUGGCCCGGUGUGAAGUGAUGGCGGCCAUGUUUAACGGUAAUUACAUGGAAGCAAAGAGUGUCCUGAUCCCAGUGUAUGGUGUUUCCAAAGAGACUUUCCUGUCAUUUUUAGAAUACCUGUACACAGACUCUUGUUGCCCAGCUGGCAUUUUCCAGGCCAUGUGUCUCCUGAUCUGCGCUGAGAUGUACCAGGUGUCCCGGCUGCAGCACAUCUGUGAGCUGUUCAUCGUCACCCAGCUACAGAGCAUGCCCAGCCGGGAGCUGGCCGCCAUGAGCCUCGACAUCGUCGACCUGCUCAAGAAGGCCAAGUUUCACCAUUCUGACUGCCUUUCGACCUGGCUGCUUCAUUUCAUUGCCACUAACUACCUCAUCUUCAGUCAGAAGCCUGAGUUUCAGGAUCUCUCAGUGGAAGAACGCAGUUUUGUGGAGAAGCACAGAUGGCCAUCAAAUAUGUACUUGCAGCAGCUGGCAGAGUACAGGAAGUAUAUUCACUCCCGGAAGUGUCGUUGCUCAGUCAUGUGACCUGCCACUUUCAUGCACUUAAGCUUUUAUUAUUCGCGUGGAGAAUGAGUUCCAGGAAAUGACUGAAACCAAUGUAGGCACUAAAAAAAAAAACAAAAAAUUAGCAUACAGCUAAAUAUGUUCAUUAAUUCUCUUUGAAAAUACUACUAUUGUGGUCUUAAAAGGGAAUAAAACAAACCAUAGACUAAAAGGCCUCACCCUAGAAUAUAAAGCUGUUGUACAGGUACCUUUUCCCUUUAAGGUAUUCUGUUAUAUUAGUGAUAUUAAGAUCUUUCCCAGUUAUGAUGCUAAAAGUUUUUUUUUUAAAUCAUGUAGGAUUAAUACAGUAAUUUCAUCCAAUUGCUCUAUUGAAGUUAGGAGCAUUUAGAGUCUAUGUAACUAUUUCUGUAAUGAGAAAUCUAAGAGAAGACUCAUCAGUCCAUCACCAGAGUUUAGGGAUAGAAACUCGCCUGGGGGUUGAAAGUGAAAUGUCACAUGGUUCCCAAUUGGUGAUGGGGUUUGAAUCAUAAUGGGAAAAAAAUUCUGUUUUUCAUCUGAACAACCAAAUUGAGCCACCUGUUUCCUUCCUGGGAUUCUCGUUAGGGAGGAAACCUAAACAGGGCUGGACUUCUCCGUGUGUGACUUGUGUGGCUCCGCACCUGAUCCAAGGUUCUGGUAUCACCGUCUUGAAAUUCUUAAUAUUUUAUGUUUAAAGAUGGACCCUGUGUUUUCACUUUGCAGUGGGCUCCCCACCCCCAAACCGUGCAUAUUUCCUGGCAGGAACUAUACUAUGUUUUCUUGCUCAAAUAGCUUUCUCUCUGAAUGCAGAAAAGAGGCAUUAGUACCAAGGGAAGAAAAGGAGGCUCAUUGGAGGGAAGUGCUCACAUGAUGGAGAUUCACACCUGUGGGGAGGUGUGGACCACCCACGGCCUCCACUGCCACUUCAGCUGGUGGCCAAUGUGGAAUAAAUGCUUUAACACACCCACAGUGCUGUACCACAGAUAAACAAAUACUUUCUCAAUCAUUCUGUAAGACUAUUGAUAAGAGUGACUGGCCAGGCUGAACUUAAUACACAUUCAUGAAGAUACUCAUGGGAAAACAUGUCCUCUAGAGAAUUUGCCAUUGAAAGCUUGAGACUUUUUUUUGAGUAUGUACUAAGAUUGAAGGUCAGUGGCUUAAGUUAUCUGAAUUGUUUUCAAGGACCUCAGGACUGUUAGAUGAGGAAUAGUAUGAAUCUUGUCCUCAAGAUUACCAAGUAAGUUAAAGGAAAGGAUUUAACAGACCUGUUCCGUGUAGAGAGAAUGGACAGAGUUGAGUUCCUCUUCAUCACGUGCACACAGAGGUCUUUCCAUCGGGAGCUCACAGCCGAGAGGUGCAAGAGCAGAUUGCUGUUCAUUGUUAGCAUCAUUUCCACGUGUCACUCAGUACUGGAAUAUAUUUUUCUUUUAAUUUCCAGUGACUUCAGAGUACACAUAGUUUUCCAACAUUUCAAAGGUUUGAUUGGUUUUAUUUCAUAGUAUUAGGAUCCCAUACAGUUAGCCCUUGUAUGUAUACCAACACUGUUGGGGAAAAAAUUCCCUAUAGAUACUCUGAGAAACCCGAUUUUAAUUGGUUUAUAUCACUGAAGAUUACUGGAAUGCAUUGUAUGUUUUUUAUGAUUUAAUCACUUGACUCAAUCAGCUGUUGGCAGCCAUUUGAUAAAGAUUAGCCCUGUAAAGAACAGAUACUGUAGUAAAUUCUAGAAAUUCAUUUACAUUUAAGUUCUAAAAUGCAGUGAUACCCUUUUGUUCUUCAUAAACAUAUUCUCACCCCAUAUGAAUUACAGCAUUUAAAAUUCUAAAUCAAUAACUUGAUCUAGGAAAUUGAAAAAUACAAGUUGCAAAGCAAAGUAUUUUCUUGGAAAUACUAUUUCAUGCUUAAAUAGACUGGAGACAUUCUUUUAGGGUAAGUGGGGGUUGGACUUAGAGGCUGGUGCUCAGCUGGUGUGGAGUAUGUAGUUUUCAUGAAGAAAGUCCUUUCCCAUCUAUCCGAGUGACUCACACACCCAGAUGUCACAGCUCUUCAGAGCUGGUCCAGACAGUGAUCCAUUAGUGUUUAAAUCCAUCUGCAUGCAGACCAAAUCUUCAGUACCUUUAAAUUAACUCCAUUUAAAAUAACAAGAAAUCUGAAAAUACGUACAAACUAUCUUGGAGAAAUGAGUGCUGGUUUUGAGGUUUUGUUUCUUUUUAAUUGAAAGAUGGUUUCUAGCUGGUGUAUGCUCUGUGCUUUCUCUGCUUCAGUAUAUCUACCACUUUAAUUUGAGAAUACACUGUAUGGGGGAGCUAAGCCCUUUUGUUUCUGGGCCUGGUCUUCACCAUAUUUGAUACUUUGUAUAUUCUGACUACUUUAUGUUCACAGUAUAGAAACUAGAUUUGUAAUACAGAAUGUUGAGUAAUGUAACUGAAAUUAACCCUGUCCACGCCAGGAUGGUGGUUUCAUACUGGGUAGUAACAGAAGACUGAAGAAUUGGAUGAAUCCGACUCCCAAGACAGCUAAACUUUUCAACUGUAAUUUUGAAAACUACACUACACCCAAUAUAGUUAAAUCAGACAAAAAUGUCCUCAAAGGUACUUUAUUUUAUUUAAGGCAUCUAUUUCAUUCAACUUUUAACAGUUUUGCAAAGAAGGUUGUGUGUGUAUUUUAAUAUAGCCUGACCUAAAUUUAUAAGUUUUUAGCUUUAGUAUUUAACAUUUUGUAACAAAUAAACCUUUUUUUAAAACAAAUU